AUGACAUCAAUAACAAACAACAACAAUAGUAGUAAUAAUAAUAAGAUAACAACACCUCCACCACCACCAGUUUCAUCUCUAACUAAAAUUCUAACCGAUGAAAAGCGUACCACUAUAACAACUCUAGUUGAUAAAGAAGCAUGUGGUGAUUAUAUAUUGAUUGAUAUCAUUGGUAAAGGUGGAUUUGGUGUUGUAUAUAAAGGAUUACAUAAAACUAAAGGUCAUUUCUCAGCGAUCAAGAAGAUCAAGAUCACAAAGCGAAAGAAAGGUGAUAAGACUGCAGAGUCACAAUCGAUGCUCAUGGUGGAAAUCAAUCUACUCAAAGUCCUAUCACAUCAUAACAUCGUUAGAUACUAUGAUCAUAUACCAACCACUUCACAUUCCUAUAUUGUCAUGGAGUUCAUUGAGAAUGGAUCGCUUGAAAAGAUUGUAAAACGACAUGGAUUACUACCAGAGGGUCUGGUUAAUGUAUAUAUUGCACAGGUGUUGUCGGGACUGGAGUAUCUGCAUCGACAGGGUGUCAUCCACAGAGACAUCAAGGCAGCGAAUCUCUUGAUUUCCACUGACGGCUCCAUAAAGUUGGCCGACUUUGGUGUCGCCACAAAAGUGUCGGAUCUCUCUGCCGACAAUCCCGAUGACUCUUUUGCUGGUACACCCUAUUGGAUGGCACCAGAGAUUAUACAGAUGCAAGGUGUAUCUACGGCUUGUGAUGUCUGGUCGCUCGGUUGUACCAUCAUUGAGCUGCUCACUGGAACACCGCCCUACUUUGGACUGGCGCCAGCCGCUGCCCUCUACAAGAUCGUGCAAGAAGACCACCCACCAAUUCCACAGGGAAUAUCGCCGGCACUCAAAGACUUUUUACUGCAGUGUUUCAAGAAGGACGAAAAUAUGCGUAGCUCGGCCAAGCAGCUUCUGAAUCAUCCGUGGAUAAAGGCCAUUGUAAAUAGAAAUCUUGACAAUACUCAUCAGGUCAAGAACGCACGACAGGAAAUCAUCAGUUAUAACACACAGUUACAAGAGGUAACCUCUACGCUGGAUCAACAGCCAUCUACAAGACCAAGAUCAAAACAACCUCCUGUUCCAAAUGGACAACAACAACAACAACAAAGUGGAAACUAUCAAGAACAACAACAACAGCAGCAACAACAACAACAUCAACACCAACAACAGCAACAACACCAACAACAAAAAGUAGUUCAACAACAAGGUAGUGGUCAAUCAAAGUCAUGGAUACAAAGUAAUUCAACAAAGGAUGCAACUUCACGAACUAUUAAUGCUGGAUUAACAUUGGCUUCACCACGAACCAAUAAUAAUAAUAGCAAUACUAGAAAUACAGUUGAAGAUAGUAAUCAUCAUAAUAAUGUCAAUGACAAAGAAAAGGAAAGAAAAGCACAAUUAACAAGACAACUAUCAAGAUUUAUAGAGAGUGAUAAUGAUGAUGAUAAUUUUGGAGAUAUCAUAAUAAAGAAACAACAACAACCAGUUAGACAACCACUGAAACUGCAGCAAAAUAAACAACAACAACAACAGAAACAAGUAGUUAAACAAAAAUUGGAAAAGUUUGCAGAUGAAGAAGGUGAUGAUGAUUUUGGAAGUGGUCCAGCCAAUGGACAACAGUUAAAGAUGGGCAAUAGUGGAUCAUCGGAUUGGGACGAUAAAGGUGGAUUCGAUGGUUUCAGUGAUGACGAUGAAAAUGAUCAAGAUGGAAACAGCCAACCACUGAAUCUCUCUUCGUUAAAGUUGAAGCUGCCCUCCAACAACGAGGAAUGGGACAGCGAAAUCGAAGAUACCUUUGAUAGCAUUUCACAAUGGACAGAGACAGACAAUGAUGUUCAAACCACCAUCAACUUACAAGACAAACAGAGAGAACAAAUCACCAAAACAAUUGUAGAUAUCAUUUCGCAACUCAAUCACUAUCACAACAGCAAUAAUACCGCCUCCAGCGAGACCGGUUCACUCCUCGAGAAGCUGAUGGAGCUACUCGACCGCUUCCCUGACGAGCGUCGUCUCCUUGUGAGCAACGGUGAGUUUGGCGUCUACUUCCGUCUGCCCAUUAUCAUGUUCCUCGAGAUGCUUGAUCAGCCAAACAGUCCGCACCACCACAUCACACUGAAGCUAAUCAACCAGGCAAUGUCAGAGAGCAGCUCCAUCAUGGAGACCAUCUGUAUUUUGAACGGUAUUCCCAUCAUCACACAAUUUGCCAGCCGAAACUACCCAGAGCAACUCCGUGAGGAAGUCUCUAUCUUUGUACUUCAUCUAUGUAAAUCAUCGUCCUAUUCACUCAACAUGUUUAUCGCAGGAAGUCGCGGAUGCCGAGUACUCGUGGAUCUCGUCGACUCUGACUACUUCAACAGCUCGACACUCAUCCACAACACACUGGAUUCGAUCUCCCAAGUCUUCAAACUACAUUCUACACUCCCCAAAACAUCGUUAUGCCAUCUCUUUGCGAGAACUCAACUUUUAAAUAGAAUCUCUUUAUUGUUACAUCAAAUUUUCAUACCAACCGCUACUUUAACCACUGGAAGCAGUGGCGAUACCAACAAGAAUGGCGCUGGCGGUGCUGAACAUCAUCGUCACUCAUCAAGUGUACAGAAACUAUCAAAAGAUGCAUUCGAACGUGUAUUGUCAUACUCUGUAAAGGCAGCAGACAUUCUGUUGUUCUUUUCGACUGGUGAUGCACUGGCCAAAGAAGAACUCUCCAGUGAGACAGUGAUGAAAUCGAUUCGUGGUGUUCUCGGUGAGAUUUGCACAUGGACAACGAUUGGUAAUGAUGUGCGUGCUUUUCUACUGCGAGUUCUCAAGGUUAUCAAGAAUCUCUCGAUGGACCAACACAACAGAAUCAAACUUGACAAUGUCGAUAUGAUUCCAACUCUGAUUGGAUUCCUUGGACUCUCGCCAAAUGGCAUCGACAAGAUUACCGAGAUCUACAAUCAAGUGCUCCACUCACUCUAUCAUCUGUUGUUACUCGAUAAGGCCAGACAAGACAAAGCACUGAAAUGCGGAAUAUUACCACCACUCCACUACAUCAUCAACUCGCGUGGUCCACUGAAAGAAUUGGCAUUGCCAAUCCUGUUUGACCUUGUGAGAUUGUCUUCGUCCUCCAGUAGAAUACAACUCUGGGAGUGCAAUACUCUUGACAAACUGCUAGAGUUACUUGAGGACCGCAAUUGGUUUGCCGACGCCAUCGAGUCGAUUGCUGCAUGGGCAUCGCUCGAGUCAACACCGGUUUUCGAACGUCUCACAAACGAGCUGAAACCAAGCCAAUUGCUGAUACACAUUGUACACACCAGUCACAUCAAACAUCCAUCGUUCUCAAAGUCACUAAUCCCACUUUUACACUUGAUGCAAUCUUCGCCAGUGCUAACAGAGCGUCUCAUUGAAGUUGGUCUUGUCAACUCACUCAUCGAAUGUCUGGAACUCGACAAUUCUUCAGUAUCAAAGAUUACACUCUUGAAAAUCGUUGGCACCGUUCUCCAGAAGAACUCGAAUCAAACCUCACUCAAACCCAUCCUCCAACGUAUUUCUAAACAAGAUGAAUCAGAAAUUGUUAAAACCAUUGCCGAUAGUUUACUUUCUUUCUUUUCAAAUUAA